GUCAAAUGGAUGAUGUACUGGAUAGUAUUCGCGCUGUUCACAUGCGCGGAAACAUUCACCGACGUCUUCUUUAGUUUUUGGUUCCCGUUUUACUAUGAGAUUAAAAUCAUCCUGGUGCUGUGGCUGCUAAGCCCGGCUACUAAGGGCUCCAGUAUCCUUUAUCGGCGCUUCGUGCAUCCCGCGCUAAUCCGUCGUGAAGCCGAGAUCGACGAAGCCCUAGCACGUGCGACCGAGCAGGGUUAUACGGCGGUGCUGCAUCUCGGUACUAAAGGCGUGAACUAUGCCACCACGGUCCUCAUGCAGACUGCUAUCAAGAAUCUCCCGAUUGUAUUCCCGACCACGACGAGUGCACUCCCUGAUCGUCAAUCAGACCCGGCGAUUUUUAGUUUAGCCAACCCCAGACCGACAACGCGGUUAAACAGCCAGCUAGACGGGCCGGAUUAUCCGGACGACAGCGCGGUCUACAGCCAUCUGCAUGCUAGGUCCGAUGAUCUAGUGAUAGGUGAUACGGAUGCGAUUGUCGGCUGGCAGUACCGCGAUUCGACAACGGACGACGAUGAGAUGUUAAUACAAGAUUCGCCAAUGACGGACACGGAGAGCAAUCAGUUGGAGGAACAAAAUUCAGGCGGCGGUGGGCUGGUGCAACAAUUGAGGAAAAGUUACAGCCUCAGUGAUCUAACCGGUGAGAAGGAGGACGAAAAUAGAAACACACCCGAUGCGCGUGACGAAACGGAUAUGGAAGAAUCUCGUCGAAGAGAACACAUUGGCAGAAGAGGCUAUAGUCCUCGCAGGACUCAGUCCAGCAGCAAUGCGUCUCAAGUAGAGAUGUAUUUUUCCGAAGUGGAUGUCGAUGUUCGACAGCCAAGGCCUAGGGAGCCUAUAGCUAGUUUAACAAAUAUAAGGUCCUCGGACGACAUAUCUAGCGGUUAUAGUAGCGGCGAGGCGUUGCAAUCCCAACGCACGACUUCUCAGGGUGACUCUUUAGUGAGAACAUCAAGUGUCGGUGCGAGAACACGCGUGAAGCCUCGUUCUACCACGAAGAAGACGCCCGAAGACAGGGGCGAGGAUUUCGACCGCACACCUUCCGAAAAUGUCUCCCUACCAUCGUCCCUAAACGUCCUCACUCCUGAACAAGCUAUGGAGUUUUUACUGUUAUUAUCUCAAAGUAAUAAAUCGAUAGACCGUCCGACGUCUAUUACCGCUUAUAUCGAUAACAAUAAAUCCGCAACGAAAAUAGAAGAUAAUGAAUCGUCAUCAAUGGAAUCGAGCGGCGAGUUCGUUGACACAGACUCGGCUCAAAUAAACGUGCAAACAGUGCAAACCAUAGAGAUCAAGAAUAUCUCGAUGGAAAACUUGUCGAUACCUGCGGUAACAAAAAGCGCAGACAAAAUAAAUAUCGAUUGUUCGAUAAAGGAAUCUGAUUCUCAGCAAAACGAUUCUAACACGCAAAUCGAAUAUAUUGAUGAACCGAAAAAUAAUCAAGGAGUAGUUUCAACUGUUUCCCAAAAGCCUGAUACAGAAACUGAUUUUAAACGAAUAACCGGCGAGAUAUGUCAGCAAAAAUUCGACGAGUUGAAGCAAUUAUUAGAUGAUGCGCACAAAGCUGUAACAAGCAUCGUAUCUUCCCAAGAGAAAUUGAAUACGAUCGACAAAGGUAAGGAACAUGUAAAUAUACGAGAAAUUAGGACUGACGAUUCGUUGAGUACUUGUGCUCGUAAUACUGCGGUUCAAUCUCCCAUUACGCCAAGUACAUCGAAUUCCGAUCUUGAUGGCGACACUCGCGCAGGAAAAUAUCAUAAAAAACCCGCUCCGAAAGCUCCAAGUAACGAGGUAAUAAGCAAUGAAGAUAUUGACGAAAACGAGUCUCAAAACGCUUUGAGGGCCACCUUGGUCAUUAAAACUGGUACACUGAGAACUGUUUCAAACGCGGAUGCUACGAAAGAUAUAUUCUUAGCGCAUAACCCGGACACGAAAAAAAGAAAGAAGAAAUCUAACAGAUUACGCGCCAAGGAGAGUUUUUCCAAAUUAUUAACGAUCCCAAAGAACAUCUUUCACAAUGCUUUCCACAAGGAACAAAAUGAAGUUUCCGCUAAGGAGGAAGAUUCCAGCUCCUCGUAUUCUGAGACUAGUGGAUCCGCAUCGAGAUCGGGUAGUAUCGGAUCCCAGAUGUUUGUAGACACAUCCUCAAAAUUAUCUGUUUCAAAACAAGAAGUGGACGUAGUAGAGAUUCCACUGAGACCGGAGUGCGAUGACAACAUUAAAAAUUUCGACAAAGAUAUAAACACUUUUACUGAAAAUUUAGAUACUGAAAUUGUGCCCUUGAACGAAAUUAAAGUAGAUUUUAAAAUUGAAGAUAAUAAGAAAGAAGAAGGUGCAAUGAAUAUAGAAAAAUCCGAAAAUCAUGAAGAUAAUAUUAAAAAUGAAUCAAACUCACAGAUUCGUGAAAUGUCACAGUCGUUACCUUACGACAACAAAAAAGAGAUUGUCACUGACAUUAAUUAAAUGCAUUUCAUUAAUGUCGCAUAUUUCAUAGAGAAAUUAUGUUAGCUGUAUUAAAUAAUUACAUAUACUUGGUUUUGUCUUUGAUGUUUUUAAAAUAUGAUAAAAGCUUGUUCGUUCUCUCUAUCCUAACUCCCAUAUUUCGUAUUUUAUCCUAAAUAGGAAAUUCGGCCAGAAGAGAUGGACUGUUCCAUUAAGAUCAUAACGAGUUUCGCUACCUUACCUCGCAGUAAGAAGACCAGUAAGAAAAAAGUGGCAUGAAACCUUCCUGCUGCUGACC